GGAAGGAAGAAAAAUGAAGAAAAACAGUUGAAAAAACACUUCUCCACUCAAAAACAACAAACAUAAACACCACUGCAGAGCAAUUUCUAAAGCCUGUAGAGAGACUGAGUGAGAGAGCUUACCAUUUUUGCUCUCCGAAAUGCUGGCCACAACCUGCAUUGUGCUGCUAGCUUUGCUGCUACCCUCCCGCUUGCCGCUCCGUGCCGGUGCCACCACCGCCACCGCCGCCGCUCUCAACCUCACUCUCCCUGGCCAGCAUCCUAGCCCUGAAUUGGUUGCUCAAGAAGUUCACAGGAAAGUGAAUGCUUCCUUAACGAGAAGGCAAUUGCUCCAAAUCUCUGAGAAAGAUGAAUCUUCUUCUUGCUACACCGGGAACCCCAUCGACGACUGCUGGAAAUGCGAUCCAAAUUGGCCAAACAACCGCCAGCGCCUCGCCGAUUGCGCCAUAGGAUUCGGCCAGUACGCUCUCGGCGGCAAGAACGGCGAGUUCUACAUAGUCACGGACGAUUCCGAUGACGAUGCAGUAAAUCCAAAGCUCGGAACAUUACGAUACGCCGUGAUACAGCCGCAACCUCUCUGGAUCGUCUUCCCUGCCAACAUGCUCAUCAAACUCUCACAGGAACUCAUCUUUAACAGCUACAAGACCCUAGACGGCCGCGGCGCCAAUGUCCACAUCGUCGGUGGUGGCUGCAUUACGUUGCAAUACAUAAGUAAUGUCAUCAUCCACAACAUCCAUAUCCAUCAUUGUUAUCCAUCAGGUAACACCAUGGUCCGAUCAAGUCCGACGCAUUACGGGUACCGGACGAAAUCGGACGGCGACGGGAUAUCUAUCUUCGGAUCGAAGGACAUAUGGAUUGAUCAUUGUUCAUUGUCGCAUUGCAAAGAUGGAUUGAUCGAUGCGGUGAUGGGAUCCACCGGAAUCACGAUUUCAAACAAUUAUUUCUCACAUCACGAUGAAGUUAUGUUGUUGGGUCACAGCGACAACUACUGGCCGGAUUCCGGUAUGCAGGUAACAAUAGCAUUCAACCACUUCGGAGAAAAGCUAGUGCAAAGGAUGCCACGCUGCCGAUUAGGUUACAUUCACGUCGUCAACAACGACUUCACCCAAUGGGAAAUGUACGCAAUCGGCGGCAGUGGCAACCCCACCAUAAACAGCCAAGGCAACCGUUACACCGCCCCAUACGACCGCAACGCCAAGGAGGUCACCAAGCGAGUCGAAACAUCCGAGUCCGAGUGGCGCGGCUGGAACUGGCGCUCCGAGGGAGACAUCCUUGUGAACGGCGCCUUCUUCGUCACUUCCGGUCAAGGGCUUGAAGUCAAGUACGAGAAGGCUUACAGCGUCGAGCCGAAGUCCGCGGCGCUGAUUGAUCAGCUCACUUGGCACGCCGGCCCGCUCGGCGUCGGCGGUAGGGAUAAUAAUUUGGGGAUGUGGACGACCGGCCCCAAUGGUAAUGGCGGUGGGUUUGGGCUUGGGUCAGGUAUGGACUAUACUGACGACAUGUCGGAGAGUUGUUUUGUUAGGGCUUUUUCUGUUUUGUUGUCUUUUUGUUGGGGAUUGGUGGUGGUGAUUGCGUUUGUGCUAUGACGACAUGUCGUUGAGAGGAUAGAAUCGAGAGGUGGAGUGGGUUUUUGCAUUUUAAUUUAAAUGGCAUAAAGAAAGGCCUAAAAAUGUAAAUCCAUUUGUUUACCUAUUGUAUGCCAAAACUGACUUUAGUUUAUCUAAUUUACUUUUUGUUAAAUUAAA